GUCGAUUACUACUAGUGUAUGAUUGAAAAUAUGUUUUAUAAGAUUAUUUUUCCAACAACAAAAUUUCGGUUUUAUUAUGAUACCAUACAUAUACAUAUUGACUUGCAGAAAAAAUGUUUUAUAAACAUUGCACCGUUAUUGUAAAAAUAUUAUACGCGAGAUCGGAUAUACGUCUAUGACUACGUUUACACAGCUUCUAACUUCGACUUAGUAACGCUGAUGUUAUAACUCCUACUUAAAGUGAGUUGCGUUUACACGUUCAGGCUUAUAUCAUUCCCACCAAGCUGAAAUAGCUUAACAAUAUUCGAAUGAAGUUAUCAAUUGUGGAAACAAUUAAUCGGGGAGGACAUGGAAAGUGUUUGCUCGUUAGUUGCCGUAAAUUUAACAACUAUAGAAAACGUCAUGCAAUGUACAGUACAUGUGCAAAAUGUGUUGAUUAAACGCCGAGAGCGUUUGAAAAAAAUUAUAUUACAACACUUGCUUAAUUCAACGCCACCAAAUUCGCUUGAUCUCGGACCUAUAUUACAACUUUCACGAGAAAGAGAAAUAUGGAUGAAAGAAUGCAGUAUUGAUUGGUGGCAUCGAAUUGUUAAUGAUCAUUUUAAGGAUGAAGACUGGUUAGAAACAUUUCGGAUGACCAAAGAAACUUUUCUCUGGUUAUGUUCUCAAUUACGAGAAAAACUCGCUCCAAAUAUAAACCAAAUAGGAACCAGAGAACCAGUAUCAGUGGAAAAGCAGAUUGCUGUUUGUCUGUAUUUCUUAUCUAGCUGCUGUGAAUAUCGCAUAAUUGGAAAUACUUUUGGGAUUCAUAAGGCAACUGUGUGGAAGCAUAUUCAUAGAGUAAUUGAUGCAAUUAAUGAGAAAUUAAUGAGCUCGUUUAUAACCAUGCCUGACAAUGAUGAAUAUUAUAAAAUAGCUGCAGCUUUUGAGAAGAAAACGCAUAUUCCACAAUUAAUUGGAGGAAUUGAUGGGACGCACAUCCCUAUUCUUCCUCCUAGCAAUGGCUACAGAGAUUACAUUAAUCGAAAAGGCUGGCCCUCUAUGAUAUUGCAAGCGAUUGUAGAUAACGAGUACAGGUUUCGUAAUAUUUAUUGUGGUUCACUAGGAUCAUGUCAUGAUGCUGCGGUUUUUCAGACUUAAAAAUUGUACAAUAACUAUAAUUUAUUAA